AUGACUAUGCAAGCUUUGAAGCUUCUUGUUCUCGCCGUGCCGGUUCUGGCCCAAUCUCAGGUUUGGGGGCAAUGUGGUGGAAUUGGCUGGACUGGCCCAACCACAUGCGUUGCUGGCGCGACCUGUGUAGUCAACAAUUCUUACUAUUCUCAAUGCAUCCCUAAUGGGCAAGCAUCAUCAGCUGCAACAACCACCACUUUGGCCACCUCCACAACCAAGACGUCGACACCAGUUUCUGGAACUCAAACAUCAACAGCUGCCGCUUCAUGCUCUGCAUUACCGGGUUCCAUAUCUCUCAAGAGCAAUUCUAAACUAAACGACCUGUUCACAAUGUUUAAUGGAGAUAAAGUGACUACAAAGGCCCAAUUCGCGUGCCGGCAAGCCGAAAUUUCUCAGCUAGUCCAACGAUACGAGCUUGGAACUCUGCCAGGACGUCCUGCUACUCUUACAGCGUCUUUUUCAGGGAAUACGUUGACAAUUAACUGUGGAGAUUCUGGGAAGUCAAUGUCGUUCUCUGUAACAAUUACCUAUCCUUCAUCAGGAUCGGCUCCUUAUCCUGCAAUCAUUGCCUAUGGUGGCGGCAGUCUACCAGCACCUGCCGGAGUUGCCAUGAUCAACUUCAACAACGAUGAUAUGGCGGCUCAGGUUAAUACUGGCAGCAGAGGUCAAGGGAAGUUCUACACCCUCUAUGGAAGUGGACAUUCUGCAGGCGCAAUGACAGCAUGGGCUUGGGGAGUCAGCCGCGUAAUUGAUGCUCUCGAACAAGUGACGGCGGCAAGGAUUGACACCACGAGAAUUGGGGUGACGGGAUGUUCGCGCAAUGGAAAGGGUGCCCUGCUAGCAGGAGCGUUCGAUAACCGCGUCGCAUUGACACUUCCCCAAGAGUCGGGAGCAGGUGGAUCAGCAUGUUGGAGGAUCUCCGAUUACUUAAAGUCGCAGGGAGCGAAUAUCCAGACCGCAUCUGAGAUUAUCGGAGAGGACCCUUGGUUUUCAACUUCUUUCAACAGCUAUGUUAACCAAGUACCCGUUUUACCAUUUGACCACCAUUCUCUGGCCGCAUUAAUUGCCCCAAGGGGGCUAUUUGUCAUUGAUAACAAUAUCGAUUGGCUGGGCCCGCAAAGCUGCUUUGGAUGUAUGACUACAGCACAUACGGCAUGGCAAGCUCUUGGAGCUUCAGACCACAUGGGCUAUUCCCAAAUUGGGGCUCACGCACACUGCGCCUUUCCGUCGAAUCAGCAAUCUCAGCUGACGGCUUUUGUGCAAAAGUUUUUGCUCGGCCAAUCGACGAAUACCACCGUCUUCCAAAGCGAUUUUACAUUUUCACAAAGCCAAUGGAUCGACUGGACCGUUCCAACUUUAACUUGA